AUGGGCAGACACUUUUACGAAGAUGAUGAGCUUAUUGUAAAUAAACCAGGCACAAUCGACCCCAUCACAUCAAAACUCAAACAACAAGAAUCGAUCCAUGGCGAAAACGCAUCGAUUGUUGAUGGCAUGGUAAUUCGAACCACACCCAAUUUGGAAAAAUACAGCAACAAGUUCCGUCAAUUUAUCAUUUCCAAAUUCAAUGUUUUCGAAGCUGAAUUACAAACUCAAAAACUGGCUGGGUUUAAUGAAUGGCAAAAUUUGAAAUCAAAUUUCAAUUCCAUUGUCAAAGAACCCGUGUUGCCUAAUGCCAUAUAUAUUUUAACUGCAGGAUUAACUGGUAGUAUAUUGGUACGUAAUCGAAACAUUGCCGUUAGAUUUGUUACGCCAUUGGUAUUCGGUGGUGUGGCUACACAAUAUUUCAUGCCACGGACAUUUGACAAUUUGAUGAAUCAAUAUGAUGAAUUUGAAGUGGAAAAUGUUCCUGAAGUUUUUGCUCGUCGCCAGGAAUUGCUUCGUCAGUUGAGACAAUGGAGACAUGAUGCUAAUGUGUCGAGGUUGCAAUUCAAUGAUUGUGUGAUUGAACAAGUGCAUGAUUUGAGAAUGAAGUGGAAGGACGUUUGGAAAUAA